AAAUUAGUCCUUCCCUGUCCUCCAUUUCAUCACACAUUCCCUCUCGAUCUGUGCAUCAUAUACGGUGUCGUUUUGUUCGAAGAGGAGCCUCCUAUACUGGUUCUUCUUCCUCCUUUGCCUUAGAUCUGCACUGAUACAAAAGAAAAUGUACGGCUUCGAGGCGUUAACAUUUAACAUUCACGGCGGUUACUUAGAGGCGAUCGUCAGAGGACACAGAUCGGGGCUAUUGACGGCGGCCGAUUAUAACAAUCUUUGUCAAUGUGAAACCCUGGAUGAUAUCAAGAUGCAUCUCUCCGCUACUGAAUACGGUCCUUAUCUUCAAAACGAGCCAUCUCCGUUGCAUACAGCUACAAUUGUGGAGAAGUGUAGUCUUAAACUUGCUGAUGAGUACAAGCACAUGUUAUGUGAAGCCACUGAACCAUUAUCGUCCUUCUUACAGUACUGCACUUACGGUCACAUGAUCGACAAUGUUGUCUUGAUUGUCACUGGAACCUUGCAUGAGAGGGAUGCUCAGGAGCUUCUGGAAAAAUGUCACCCUUUAGGCAUGUUUGACAGUAUUGCUACCCUAGCUGUUGCUCAGAAUAUGCGGGAGCUGUACAGGUUGGUGCUUGUUGACACACCAUUGGCUCCAUACUUCUCAGAGUGCCUCACAUCAGAGGACUUGGAUGACUUGAAUAUUGAGAUUAUGAGGAAUACCCUGUACAAAGCAUAUCUGGAGGAUUUUUACAGGUUUUGUCAGAAACUUGGUGGCGCCACAGCUGAAAUAAUGUCUGAUCUCCUCGCCUUUGAGGCUGAUAGAAGAGCUGUCAAUAUUACCAUAAAUAGCAUUGGCACUGAGCUUACCCGGGAUGAUCGUAGAAAAUUGUACUCUAAUUUUGGCCUACUCUAUCCAUAUGGUCAUGAAGAACUGGCUAUCGGUGAGGAUUUAGAUCAGGUUCGAGCUGUGAUGGAAAAGUAUCCUCCUUACCAGUCCAUCUUUUCUAAAUUGUCUUAUGGUGAAAGUCAGCUGCUUGACAAGGCAUUUUAUGAAGAGGAGGUGAAGAGGCUUUGCUUAGCUUUUGAGCAACAGUUUCAUUUUGCCGUAUUCUUCGCAUACAUUAGGUUGAGAGAGCAGGAGAUUCGGAAUCUGAUGUGGAUUUCAGAAUGCGUGGCUCAGAACCAGAAAUCAAGAGUUCAUGACAAUGUUGUCUUCAUUUUUUAGGCGGCUAUUAGAAAUACUUCAUCUCGCUGUUUGCAUAAUCUGCUGUAAAUUGCUUCUUCAUGGACAGCUUUUUUAUUAUUUUAAGUUGCGGAGAUUGCGCAGCUGCACUUUCUUUUUUAUUUCAGAAUAUGUUUUUUAAAAAUAAGUUUAUUUAAAUUUAUUUUUUAAUGUUAUUUUGAAGGAUGAGUGUUGUGUUCUAAACGAAAAGAUGUUAUUCUUGAAGUGAAUUUGUAUUUGAUGUAAUAAAAAUUGUUGAAGAAUUUUACUGAUACUUA